AUGAACGCCAGCCACAAGCGCUCGCGGGCCAAGCAUGCCUGCAAAGAGUGCAACCUCCGCCGCGUGCGCUGCGACGUGAUGCAGAAGCACCCGUGCUCCAAUUGCGAAACUGGCCAGUCCGACUGUAUCAUCCUGCCCUCCAAGAGAGGCAGAUAUCCACGCAAGCCUCGCCAAAACAGCAGCGUCAAGGAUGUGGGCUCAUCAGGCCCUUCUCGAUUGCUGGCCAGUCGGGAUCCUGCCGUGGUAUCACGACGAGGGACGAGGAGGAGAGGGCCGUCGAGUCUUGACGAUGGACGACCAGGAACUCCUACGGCGCAGCCAACAGGGUCAGGAACGCCAGGGACGGUGGUGGCAGGAUCAUCAGUCGCCGGUGCCUCCAGCAUCUCUUCCUCCUCGGCAGCAAGCGGCAGUCUCUUCUUUGGCGAGUCGAAUUUCCUCACGCUCGUGCCGUCGAGGAGGCCAGGAGCACAGCUUAGUGCUGACAAGGGCCGCCUCUCUUUCCCCAUCAACACGGCUUUAUCAACGCCCCAGUCCACCCAACAACAACAUGAACAGCCUUCCAACUCCUCGCCCUCAGCAGGCAUCAUCCAUCUCAGCCAGGGAACCGAGCGCUACCUCAGAGACGAGGGCGCCCUCACCUUUCCGAGCCUGCAGACCUGUUUGCCCGUCAUCCACGCCUACUUUCGAUGGUUUCACCCCUGUUUCCCUGUCCUGGACCGUCCCAGCAUCGCUCGACGGCUCACGACUAUGGACAUCUCGCCCUUGCUCCUCCAGGCCAUGCUUUUCAUCGGCGCGACGUGGUGUGACGAGGAAGCCAUCGUGGCGAUGGGCUUCCGAGACCGCUCCGAGGCCAAGUCACUCCUGUACACCCGGGCUCGGCUGUUGUUCCACGCAGACUGGGAGCGGGACCAGAUCACGCUCAUUCAGGGGCUGUUUCUCAUGAGCUUCUGGCGCGGCGAGUCGUCCGACGUGCGGGAUGUGCGGUACUGGCUGGGGGUGGUCAUCACCCUGGCCGAGACGUGCGGGCUGCACCGGUCGACCAAGCUCACCACCAGGGAUCCAAGGAUGGCACGGAUACGCAGGAGAAUAUGGUGGUCCGUCUACGUCCGCGAGAGGCAGUCGGCCGCAUCGCUUGGCCUACCUAUGAGGAUCAGGGACGAAGACUGCGAUAUCGAGCCCCUGACCAGCGCCGAUCUACAACAUGACCAAGACGGCAGUCCGCUCACGGGGCUCGGCUCUCCUACAGCAGAGCACCUGAUCUAUCCCGUCAAGAUGGUCGAGCUGGCGCGGCUGCUCGGCAGGGUCAUCGACAUCCACUUCAUCCCCGGGAGGAUUCCCACGGCACAGGAAGAAGUCGCGCAUCUGCAGGUAUCGCUGGGCGAGUGGAAGGACAGUCUUCCGAUCGAGGUGACCAAGAUUUCGGGCGAGGAUACUCCUUCUGUGUGGACCUGCCUCAUUCAUCUGGCGUACAAUCACCUGCGCAUCUUGAUACAUCGCAACGGGUUUCUGCGGCAUGAUGAACAGGACACACAGGCAGCUCUCGGCGCGGCAAGUCAGGUCAGCAGGAUCGCAGAAGACAUGCUCGAUAAGAAGACCUUGCAGUACGGCCAGAUGCACCUCAUCACCAGCCUAUUCGCUGCACUCUGCAUUCACUCUAUCAGCCUCAAGACGGCCAACGGUGUCGGCAGGAGACUCGCAGAAAACCGUGCUCAGAUCUGCCUCCUGGGCCUGAAGGAGGUGCAAAAGUCUUGGCGCAUCAACAACACCGUUCUCGAUCUCUUUUUGCAAUACCUCGACGAGUCGAUAGCAAGGCGUCUCGGCGGCGGUGGCACCGAUACCAAUCGUGACGACAAGAUCAACACGGCCAGAUCACCGGCUGCCGUGUCUAGAGAGUCUAGCAGUGCAGGCCAUUUGGCGCCCAAGGGUAACGACCCUUUCGAGCAGCCUGAGACGAGCUCGUUCGAGGAUCAGUACUUCAAUUUUCUGUCGACGAACUGGGAAGGGGAGAAUGCCAUUGAUGAUCUUGGCUUUAUUUUGGAUCCGCAAUUCCGGGCGCAGACUCCGGCGGGUGGGCCGGCACAGCUGGAUGGGUUGAACUUUCUGGAGAGGUGGUUGUGAUUAGUGGUCUGUUCAGGAAGGGGGUGCCUCACCUUGGCAAAGAAUUCACACGUGCAUCGCAGUU